CACAUACUUCAAUUCAUUCAACUAUGGCUGGCGGAAAGCCAGAUUUAGAUGCUGGUGGAGAUUCGCUGCGACAGUGGCAAGUGAACUCCGAUGCUGGCACGUUGCAGGGAUGGGGUGUAACCAGCGGAGCAAGCGCAACUCCUGCUCAAGCAGCAACUGCGGAGUCCUUUGAACAUAGCGAGGUGGCCGCACAGACUUCGGCUUCCGCGACGUACUGUCCGUUGAAUCCAGCGCACCAAAGCGAAGAGCCUAGUGGAAAAGAUGGGGAUUCAGAUGAUAGCAUCGACCCGCAGCGGCUGCAGGCUUUGCUUCGCGACAAUGCUGCCUUUUUUGAGGUUUGCAACGAAGCGAUGAAAUCAGCGUCCGAGCAGGGGACGAUCUUGCAGCUCUCAACAGUUCAGUCCUUCUCCGCCGCUCUGAAUUACAUCUGCAACCAUUGUGGAAUAGAGCCAGUUGAGCCAGAGGAGGCAGACGAUCUGUGGGAUGGGCCAAUGGAUGCUGGUGUCUUCUACCAAUUUGCCCGGGAGUAUUUUGGGUCUUUAUGCCGUGCGCUGACAAUGGACAUCUCCCUCAUCGAGCACUGUGCCGCUGCGGCUGGUUGAGUAGCGGACCCAAAAGCGGCGCAAAA